AUGUAUUUCCGCUUAGAAAUUCUUUGGGUCUAUACCCUGAUUACCACGUUGAUCACUCCGACACUGGCAUUGCCUACGGUUCCAACAACCACCCCUUCAUCUAUAUCUACAGUCUUCCAGUUCACUCGCAACGGCACCUGGCUCGAAAAUCUCGCAGUCCGCCCUAAUGGCAACCUCCUCGCCACGCGCCUUGACACCCCCGAACUAUGGCUGAUCGACCCAUCCAACACCAACUCUGCAGAAGCCGGAGCCUUAUUCUACACCUUCCCCAACGCCACUAGUCUGCUCGGCAUCACCGAAAUCGACAGAGACGUCUACGCGGUAGUCGCAGGCAACUUCUCCAUCUCCACCGUCACAAGCACCCCCGGCUCCUACGUGAUCUGGAGACUCGAUGCCUCGGGCACCGCACCCUCAGCGAGUAUUCUGGCCCGAAUCCCUGAUGCCGAGUUCCUGAAUGGCAUUGUCCGGUUCGGGCAGAACCUGCUGCUCAUCACUGACUCCGCCAAGGGCGUGAUCUGGCGGCUGGAUAUGAGGUCGGGUGUAUACGCGCAGGCACUGUCUGAUUCCACGAUGCUCCCUGCUGCGGGCCAGCCGUAUGCUGUUGGUGUGAAUGGUAUUGAUGUCCGUGGGAGGUACGUCUAUUACACGAGUACCACGCAGAUGUUGUUCUGUAGGGUUCCGGUGGAUAGUGUGGCGGAGGCAACGGGUCCUGUUGAGGUUAUCGCUAGUGGGAUUACUCCGGAUGAUCUUGUGGUUGGGAGUGAUGGGACGGCGUACGUCACGACGAACCCGGAUAAUGGACUGGUGAGGGUUGAUACGAAGGGGAGAGUCAGGUUGCUGGCUGGGAAUCAGUUUACGACUGCUGUUGGUGGAUCUACUGCGGUUGCUGGCAGUAAAGAUAGUUCGGUGCUUUAUGUCACAACCAGCGGGGGACAGUUUUCACCCAUUCUGGGUAAGCUUAUUGAGCCGGCUAAGGUGGUGGCUAUUCACCUAUAG